AUGGAGGAGAGUACGAUAUCAGUGUGGGUCUGCCGGGAAGAGAAGCUCGUCCUCGGCUUGUCGAAGCGCACGACCUGCGCCGACGUGGUCCAGGUGCUGGUGGAGGAGCAGGACCCCCCGAGCGGCCUCUCCGCGUCCUGCUGCAUCGUGGAGAAGUGGAGGGGCUUCGAGAGGAUCCUACCCAACAAAACCAAGAUGCUGCGGCUGUGGGUCGCCUGGGGAGACGAGCAGAAGAACGUGAAGUUCGUGCUGGUGAAGAGCGAAGUGUCCCUGGCGAGCCACGGAGCCCGGAGCGCGGAGGCUCGGGUGGUGCGGAGCCACCAGGGCCCGGGGGGCACCGGAGGAUCCGCCAGGUCCCCGGUGGGAAGCAUCUCCCCGGAGAAACAGCGGCGGGUCGUCAGGAAAGCCUUCAGGAAGCUGGAGAAGAUGAAGAAGAAGAGACCGAGGGCGGCGCGCAGGGACGCGUCCUCCGCGGAGAAGAUGGAGACUCUGGUUCAUCUGGUGGUGUCCCAGGACCACACGGUCCGGCAGCAGGUCCAGAGACUCACGGAGCUGGACGCGGAGAUCGAGACGUGCGAGGCCAAGGUGCAUGUGGACAGAAUCAAGAGACACGGAGUCAACUAUGUUCAGGACACGUAUCUGGUGGAGGCAGCCUCCAGCCGCGAGGAGGACAAACUGUGUCCACCCGGGACUCUGGUGAAGCUGGAGGAGUACGUGGUGCGCUGUGAGGAGGUGCUGAGGCUGCACCAGGAGCUGGAGGAGCAGGAGGCUCAGGUGGACAUCAUUACGGCGCAGAUCCAAGAGGAGCUGAACCACCGCUGGAUGCAGAGGAGGAGAGAGGAGCAGCGGCCCGCCGGGGGACCACAGAGCGCCCCCUGCCGCACGGACACAGACACUACAGCAGAGGACGAGCUGCUUCUGGAAGGAGAGAGGAUCAGAACGCAGCUAGAUGCGAGCUGGUACAUCGGUCUGCGCCUCAACACUGACUUAGAGGCUCUUAGGAGCGAUUUAGAGCUGAGCCAGGAGAUUUGUGAUGCGAGGGAGAAGGAGAUGAGGGAUUUGCUGGAGAAAGUGAACACUUUGGACAUGGACGAAGGGACAGGGGUGAUGAUGAUGAUGAGCACUUUGGAGAGGAAGAGUGAGUGGGUGGAGCAGGCCAGGGGUCUGUCCAAAGCUCUCAGCGUGAACGACGACGACUCAGACACUGGAUUAAGUUCCCUGCACAGUCAGGACUCAGACUGCCAGACUGUGUGGGAGUCACUGGUUUAA